UUUUGUGAUGAAGAGGUUGUCGCCCAAGGAGGGCAAAUUUUAAGAGUGUUCACUUGAGCUGAGAAUGCCGGUGAAAGUUGACGUAGUACCACCACCGCCCGCAAACUCAAAGCAGCCGGGUGUCGCAAAAUCUUUGCUCUACAACGGUUCACGAUUUCAAGGUUCUCAAAAGUCUAAAGGCAAUAGUUACGACGUAGAAGUAGUUUUGCAGCAUGUAGAUGAAGAAAACAGUUAUUUGUGUGGCUAUUUAAAAAUUAAAGGACUUACAGAAGAAUUUCCUACUUUGACUACAUUCUUUGAUGGUGAAAUUAUAUCGGAGAAAUAUCCAUUUUUAACUCGUAAAUGGGAUGCAGAUGAAGAUGUUGAUAGGAAACAUUUUAGUAAAUUUGAAUCAUUUCAUCAAUAUGCUAAGACAUUUAAUUCAGACACAUUUGAUUAUGAGGCUUUAAAAGGAACUGAUUUUGUUUUUAUGAGGUGGAAGGAACAUUUUUUGGUCCCUGAUCAUACAAUUAAGGAUAUAAACGGUGCCUCAUUUGCAGGAUUUUACUACAUAUGCUUUCAAAAGUCUGCUGCUACAAUUGAAGGUUUUUAUUAUCAUCGUAGUUCUGAAUGGUAUCAAUCUUUGAAUUUAAAACACGUUCCAGAACAUAGCAUACAAAUCUACGAAUUCAGGUGAAAUCAAUGGCUUUUGCUCAGUUAUCUCUCCAAAUUCAUAUUUUGUUUCUCCUA